AUAUAUAUAUCACCAUUAUUGGAUACAUUCAUCAAUCAAUCUUACAAAAAGGAAGGAGAAAAAAAUAAAGGAGAUCUGAAUUGCAACAAUGGCUUCUCUCUCUGUUCCAGCUGCUCUUCCUGAUGUUGCCGAAGAUGUUGAACAACUCCACAAAGCUUUUUCAGGAUGGGGAACGAACGAGGAUUUGAUCAUAACAAUAUUGGCGCACAGGAAUGCGUGCCAACGCAAGUUGAUCCGUGAACUUUAUACUUCCACCUAUGGAGAAGAUCUCCUUAAAACCCUCGACAAGGAACUUUCUAGUGAUUUUGAGAAAGCAGUUCAUUUGUUUACCCUGGAUCCUCCUGAGCGUGAUGCACAUUUGGCUAAUGAAGCUACUAAGAAGUUCACUUCUAGCAAUUGGGUUCUUAUUGAAGUUGCUUGUACAAGGUCUUCGGAUGACCUCUUCAGCGCUAGGAGAGCCUACCAUGCUCGUUACAAGAAAUCCCUCGAAGAAGAUGUGGCUCAACACACCACUGGUGACUUCCGCAAGCUUUUGGUUCCUUUGGUGAGCUCAUUCAGAUAUGAAGGGCCAGAGGUUAACACACAUCUGGCAAAAUCAGAGGCCAAAAUACUUCAUGAGAAGAUCUCAGACAAAGCUUAUGCUGAUGAUGAUUUCAUUAGGAUCAUUGCUACAAGGAGCAAAGCACAGCUCAGUGCCACACUCAACACAUACAACAAUGACUAUGGUCAUGCUAUUACCAAGGAUCUUAAGGAGGAUCCCAAGGAUGAUUACUUGAAGUUGCUGAGGGCAACUAUAAAAUGCCUGACCUGCCCUGAGAAAUACUAUGAGAAGCUUCUUCGUCUCGCUAUUAAUAAGAUGGGGACAGAUGAAUCGGCUCUGACUAGAGUUGUGACCACUAGGGCAGAAGUGGACAUGCAACGCAUCAAGGAAGAGUAUUAUCGCAGAAACAGCGUUCCUCUUGAUCACGCCAUUGCAAAGGACACUCAUGGAGACUAUGAGAAAAUGCUGAUUGAGUUGGUUGGCGCUGGAAAUGCUUGAGCAAAUGUCUUGGAUAUUGUCUAGUGGGAAUGAUGACUGAUUUUGCUGCUGAGACGUUUAUGUUUGGUGCAAGCUGCUGUUAUGGUUGGAUUUUCCUGUUUUAUGUACUAGCAGAAACUUUUGCUUGAAUAAAGGUUAUAUUAUGGGUUU